UAGAUAAAACUAAAGAUGGACGAAGGAGUGGAUAAACUUGUAAACCAGUUGGACGGAAUGAAUGAGAAGAAGAGAAAAAUGGAACGAAAUAUUCAAAACCUUAAACAAGAGAAGAUGGAUCUUCAGAGAAUAGUUCAGGAACGGAGUCGGAUUAGAACUGAGGUCCAGGAGGAUUUAGAUCAACAGAUCCGAGCUCUCAGCGCGAGGAACGGACGGGUUGAAUCUCUUCAGGCGAUAUUUAACUCCGCCAAGGAGAAAGGAGAGGAGGUUCAGGAGCUAGCUAGAGAACAUGUUAAAUGUAUUCAGCUUCUAGAGAAUAGGAGGGUUGAUAUUCUGCAAGAAUACGAGGAAAGGACGGAUAAGUUUCUGAAGCAUGUUGAGUUCUCACCUUUAAACCAUCCUCGGCCUGACAUAAAGGGAGAUCUUGACAAGAUCGAGAUCAAGAUAUCCAACCUUAGAGCUGAGAAACAGAAGAACCAGGAAACAGCGUUUAGCGUAAACGCUCCUGAGUCUGAAACAGGUAUUGAUGAUAGAUGCCAAGAAGAGAGAAGAUCACAGAAGAACCUAGAGGAACAUAUCUCUACUCCAGCAGGACCGGACAUACAAGAAAAGCAAGCGAUGUUGCAGAAUUGAAUAAUGAAAAUGUAUAUGAAUCAUUCCCCCCAGUCACGAAUUUGAUAGUGGAGGUUAUUUUGUAAACGAGACUGAAUGAGUCACCAGCAAUUAUAAAUCUAUAUUUCAGAUCAAUCCUUUUAAUAAUUUAAAAAUCCUCUUUAAUGAAAUACACGAAAAUAAUUGAU